AAAUUCCCAUUAAAGGUCUACGGAAUUUUCAUUACAGGUUUAAUGACGUUGAUGACGCCAACAACAAGCCAUGGAGCUCCAUCACACUCGGAAAUGAGCAGUACACUGACUUGCAAUUGCUUAUAGCUGGGGUUUGUGGGUAACUGCUGAAUAGGAUUCUUAUUGUGUCUAUAGUUCUUUUGUCCAAUGACGUGCCACCACCUCUUAACACCACGAGCUGCGCCAAUGGGAAUUUGCUAUGUGUAUUUGUAGGCGGGGCACAGCUGGGCAAACAGCCGACAGGUGCACAAAGACAUGUGUGCGCAGUUCAGAAAUGGCUACCAGUGACAGUUGUAAAGGUUGCGAAUUUGAUAACUGGGAAAUCAUCGCUCCUGCGAUGCAAGUUAGUGUACAAUCAAGAAGAGGACCAGCCAGGACCUUCAUCCUUUCGUUAAGCCAAGAUUUGUGAAGUGAAGAUAUUCCUUAAAUGGCCCCAAGUCUUUUGCUGACAAGGAUGCCGAUGACACCACUAAGAGUAAUGGGGAUGGUUGUGGGAGUGGCUGUGCUCUGCCUCGUCUUUUCGGCUUUUAGAGUACCUUCCAAGUCUUUGAAAUUGGGUGCUUCAUUGGAUCAACCUCCUGCUGCUGCAGCUGCUGCUGCAGCUGCUGCUCUUCAUACAAAGCGUGAUACCAGUGGAAGAACAAUGGCAGACCCUAGUUUCUGGCACACAUUUGAUUUCCAGUCAGAGAGCAUCCCUCCUACUGUAGUAGACGCAGCAUCAAAAGUAACCGUCAUCACCAACAGUAUCAAUAUCAUGGGUGCCAACACGUUCUAUCGUGAAGCAAAGCCUCCUGCAGAGAUGGACCCCAGUGGAGAGGUAGUGGUAUUGCUCCAUGGUGCUGCCUUUAAAUCUGCCAACUGGGUGGAACUCAACACAAUUAAUCUUCUGGCAGGAAUGGGUCAUAGAGUGAUUGCAGUUGACCUUCCUGGGUAUGGAGAGUCAAAACAAGCCACAGUGGAAGACAAGGCUGGGUACCUCCUCUCCUUGCUGACCCAUCUGCAGGCCAACAAACCCAUCCUGGUCUCCCCCUCCAUGAGUGGAGGAUUUUCCAUCCCCUACAUCAUCCAGAAUCCUGAUAGGCUGAGUGGAUAUGUGCCAGUAGCUCCUGUAGGCACUAAGAAGGACAAAGCCAAGUAUCAUGAGUUGCAGGUCCCUACUCUCAUCAUCUAUGGAGAGAAAGACACAGGACUUGGUCAUCUCUCCAGAGAUGACUUGUCCAACAUUCCCACUUCCCAGGCUGUGGAAUUACCUGGAGCAAGACACCCAGCCUACCUUGACCAGCCUGACAUGUUUCAUACUCUCCUCUACAACUUUAUCAAGCAGGUUCAUGCACACCGUGCUGUUGUGUAGUCCUUUGAAGACUAUUUUUCCAAUGGUAGAUCUUAUUCUUGUAUGUAUUUAUUCCAUUUGUGUAAUUCAUCACUAGAUUUUAGCCUUUGAUAAAAACUGUGGGUUCAUUAUAUAUAUACUACCAUGAUUGAUUUUAGGUUUGCACCAGCUCCAGUCAGAUACAAUUGUUCUCACAUAAUGCUCGAGUCUUGAUGUUAAUAGAAAGUUAAUAGAAAUGGCCCCUGCAUUAAACAUUUUUCUCUAUGGGGUUUAUACAAGUACAUGAAAAUAGAGAUAUUCCAGAUAUGUUUUGCAUUAAAACAAAAACAAGAGCUUUUACUUCUUUCAAGAAGACCCACUCUGUCCUCAGCUGAUACCAGAAAUUAGUGUUCUAUCCAUAUAUAUUUACUACAGUGGGCCCAUGUCAUGCAUAAAAGUUAAUGGAUGCACCUGCAUAGUAUAUGUAUUAUGCAUGAUCAUUAAAGCAAAUGUAACCAUUAAAAGCAGAUGAUAGGUAGACUAUUAAUGUGAGUAGGCAAAAAAUACAUUUUACCAUAGCCAGAGUUGUUAGCUACCACAAAGACAGUGAUGCAAGUUAAAAGGAAGAAAAUGUAUGGGGUAGCAUAGUACCUUUGUAGGUUUUACUUGUAACUAAUUUAUACUGAUAAAUAUGCAAGUAAACAACAUUAAAUAAGAAAUGUAUCUGAUCCUAAGAAUUUGUGGUCUAUAAUAUCUGAAGUCAGUUACCAAAAAACUUACCUCUAGAGGAUGACCUUGACAAAGUUCUGUGUAUGACCUUGACAAAGUUCUGUGUACUAGUAACUAACUAUCUCACAAGAGAACUAAUGGAGAAAAGAAAUCUUGUGACAUCUAUGAACUCUGUAAUUCCAAGCAGAGGCAAUUUAUGCCUUGAUUACAAUGGUAACACCUGAGGCUCAAUGCCUGGUAGAUAAUAUGCCACCUAAAGGUCCCAAAACCAGUACCAGGAAUUUUCAGUCACCUCACCAUGGUCACCCAUAUAACUUUAUAACUCAUUUAGUAUUGCAGUCACUUUCUAACCUCAUCAAAUCACCUGUUGUUAUUCUAAGUACAACAAAUGAAGAUACUAUAAUUGUGAUGAAUGAAUAAAACAAUUUUAAUCCUUUAAUAAAAAAAGUAACACCCUAUUAAACUUAAGUUACUUCUUUCAUGGUAUUAAGAAAAAAAUCAAACUGGCACCAUGGUUCUGAAGGGAUACAAAUAAUGAUUAUUUGUGGAACCACAAAGUUAACAAAUAUGGUAGUUUUAGUUGGAAAACAUCAUUUCAUGGAGAAAUUAUUUUUUAUACAUAGUUCCUAUAUCUGCAGAAAAUGGUUAUGAUGUAGUUGUAAGAGAAAAUAAAUGUUUUCAUUUUUGUA